UCCGGGAAUGUCACGUGAUGUUAGACAGCUCUCUGCUUUCUCCAACAUAUAAAAUUGAAGAAAUUAGAGUAAAAAUGCGUUGUUUGUUUUUUUACUUCUUACUUUUCGGAUUAGAGAUAAGUCUGUUUUCAUCUUUCAUGGAAAAUUAUAAUUGCACCAGAUGUGGUAACUUAGAAUUUUCCAAGUAUGUAUUUGGUGGAAGAGUGGGUCACGUGGUCACGCGCGGCGAUGGUUCCUCAGUAAAGAUGGCGGCUGCUGGCUAGAAAUUGACGAAUAAAAGCAGCAGCACAUUAAAACACACUGUAUAGACUGGAGGAAAGUUGUAGCGAAACAGAUGUGAAAUCUCUCUUCAGUAAAGAAGGAAAGUUUGCCAACUCUUAUAAAGACCAUUGCUACAUUGUUUGACUUGAAGAUUUCUGCCAGAUUUGUUUUUACUACCUCUGGAUUAUACUGGGUUGUAAAACCUGCCAUCAAAGGGUAGCCCAAUCCUAGUUUUACGUGCAGCAAACAGUUAUAUGCGUUUUCUGUGCUCUGGGCUAGUGUAUUGGAAGAUACCUGCGUAUUGUACAAGAACCACAGAAGGUGGGUCUUGGGCCUGAAUGCUUCUAUACCUAAACAUCUUUAAGUUACAGUGGAAUUCCUUCCUCAAUCUGGUUAUUUGUUGAAUUUCACUGGCAUCCAAAUAACUCUUUAUAGGUGUUUAAAGAUCUGUUUUUGUUGGUACAGGCACUCUUCAAAAAUAUGGCUGCAGUAAUACUGGAGUGUUAACACAAAAAGGACCUUUUUAUUUGAAUUUCUGACAGGACCAGUCUUUACUAUUGGGCAUCUUGAAAGCCUUUGCCUUACCAAAGGCAUUGAGUGUAAAGUAAAUUUCACUAAGGCCAUCUAAAGCAAGAUUAUGGAACCAGGUCAAGAUCUGUUACUUGCUGCUUUGAGUGAAAGUGGUAUAAGUCCAAAUGACCUCUUUGGUGGUGACUUGUUGGAUACUAGUCUUGUGCACUCAUCAGCAGACACUCAUCAGUCUGUACCACUCAUUUCAUUGGAACAUGGACUUGGAAUUGAAUCACCAGUUAAUUUUAAACCAGGAACUGAUACUGCAACCCCUCCUUCGGUAGUAAACGUUCGGUCUGCACCGUCUGCCACAACAUUUGUAUUGAAUCAGAUAAAUCAACUGCCCACAUUGGGAGCUGCUAUAGUAAUGACAAAGACUCCUUCUGGCACAACUUCAAGACCAUCUGUCACUGUAGCAAAGAUUAUUAAACCCAGCACAAUUACACGACCGUCUACUACUGCUUCAUUAGUGUCUUCUGCAAUAGCCACAUCACAGAGUAAAGACCAGAUUCAACUUAAAGACUUGCUAAAAACUAGCAGUCUUAAUGCAUUAAUGAAACUCAAGCCUCCUGCUAAUAUAGUUCAGCCAGUAGCUACAGCAGCCAAAUUUUUUGUAGUUUCUCCAAAGGUUAUUAACACUACUAAACCAGCGGAGCUAAGCAAUGGAACUUUGAAGAAGGAUGUUUCCAGUAAAGAAAUGCCUCGUAUAUGGGUUAGUGAUGACUUAAAGAUGAGAAGUUUUUCUCCCAGUCUUUAAGAGUUGGUCUACGUCAUCCUGAUCCAGUGGUAGAAACUAGCUCCUUGUCCAGUGUCACACCCCCAAAUAUCUGGUAUAAACACACACUGCCUGAAGAAACCAUUGAUAAUGUGUGGCUUUCAGCUCUGCAGCUAGAGGCCAUCAUUUAUGCUGCUCAGCAACAUGAAACAUUCCUACCUAAUGGAGACAGAGCUGGAUUUUUGAUAGGUGAUGGUGCAGGUGUGGGAAAAGGAAGGACCAUAGCUGGCAUUAUUUAUGAAAAUUAUCUGCUUGGCAGGAAAAGGGCAUUAUGGUUUAGUGUGUCAAAUGAUUUGAAAUAUGACGCCGAAAGAGAUUUGAGAGAUAUUGGUGCAAAAAAUAUUCUAGUCCAUUCUUUAAACAAGUUUAAGUACGGAAAAAUAUCUUCAAAGCACAAUGGAAGUGUAAAGAAGGGUGUGAUAUUUGCAACCUAUUCUUCUCUGAUUGGUGAAAGCCAAUCAGGAGGUAAAUAUAAAACUCGGUUAAAGCAGCUUCUACACUGGUGUGGCAGUGACUUUGAUGGAGUUAUUGUAUUUGAUGAGUGUCAUAAAGCUAAAAACUUGUAUCCAGUUGGUUCUUCCAAGCCAACCAAAACUGGUUUAGCAGUACUGGAUCUGCAGAACAAGUUAUCAAAAGCUAGAGUUGUUUAUGCUAGUGCCACCGGUGCUUCUGAACCACGAAACAUGGCCUACAUGAAUCGCCUUGGGAUCUGGGGUGAAGGAACACCAUUCAGAGAGUUCAGUGAUUUCAUUCAAGCUGUAGAAAGACGGGGUGUUGGAGCCAUGGAGAUAGUUGCCAUGGAUAUGAAGCUACGAGGAAUGUAUAUAGCAAGACAGCUGAGUUUUGCAGGUGUGACCUUCAAAAUUGAAGAGGUUCCCCUUUCCCAGGACUAUAUUAAAAUGUAUAACAAAUCUGUAAAACUGUGGGUGGAUGCAAGAGAAAAAUUCCAACAAGCAGCUGAGCUCAUUGAUGCAGAACAGCGAAUGAAAAAAUCCAUGUGGGGUCAGUUUUGGUCAGCUCAUCAAAGAUUUUUCAAGUACCUCUGCAUUGCAUCUAAAGUCAAACGGGUUGUACAACUGGCUCGAGAAGAAAUAAAAAAUGGCAAGUGUGUGGUCAUUGGUCUUCAGUCUACUGGAGAGGCAAGAACCCUGGAAGCUUUGGAAGAGGGUGGUGGUGAACUUAAUGAUUUCGUGUCUACAGCAAAGGGAGUAUUUCAGUCGCUCAUUGAAAAGCAUUUCCCAGCUCCUGACAGGAAGAAACUUUUCAGCUUACUUGGUAUAGAUUUGUCUGCUCACAGCAGUCCUGCAUCUCCCAUGGAAAGUCCGUGCACCGACAGCAAAGGAAAAAAACGGAAAGGUGAAGAAGAUUUGAGGGAAUCAAAGAAACCUCGCAAGUCAGGAGGCCUUGCUGGUAGCAGCUCUGAAUGUGAGAGCGGGUCCGUUUCAUCUUCAGAAGUAGAAAGUGAUAAUGAAAGCUCCAAAUCUGCCAGUUUUGGUGAAGAUGAUGAUUUUAAUCCAUUUAAAGAUGAAUCCAGUGAGGAUGAUGAAGAUGAUCCAUGGCUAAUAAGAAAAGACCACAAGAAAACCAAAGACAAGAAGAAAAAGAAGAAGAGUAUUGAUCCAGAUUCUAUUCAUAGUGCCUUACUAGCAUCUGGUCUUGGAUCAAAACGACCUGCUUUUUCAACAUGCGGUGUGGCGAACAGUUCCAGUAAUAGUACAGCUUCAUCCUUGGCUAACAGUAAUGUGUGUGUAACUAGUCAAGAUGCAGUAGAAAGGGCACAGCAAAUGAAGAAGGAACUGCUGGACAAACUGGAAAAGCUAUCAGAAGAUCUGCCACCCAAUACACUGGAUGAACUUAUAGAUGAACUUGGUGGGACAGAAAACGUAGCAGAGAUGACUGGUCGAAAAGGAAGAGUCGUAAGCAAUGAUGAUGGAAGCAUAUCUUAUGAAUCCAGAUCAGAACUUGAUGUUCCUGUUGAAAUUCUUAACAUUACAGAAAAGCAAAGGUUUAUGGAUGGAGAGAAGAACAUUGCAAUCAUCUCUGAGGCAGCUAGUUCAGGCAUCUCAUUACAAGCAGAUCGCAGAGCUAAGAACCAGAGAAGAAGAGUACAUAUGACACUAGAAUUACCAUGGAGUGCUGAUCGAGCAAUCCAGCAGUUUGGAAGAACACAUCGGUCCAAUCAAGUAACCGCUCCUGAAUAUGUUUUCUUAAUAUCUGAAUUGGCCGGUGAACAGAGAUUUGCAUCAAUAGUUGCAAAAAGGCUGGAGAGUUUGGGUGCCCUUACUCAUGGUGACAGGCGAGCAACUGAAACAAGAGACUUGAGCAGAUUUAACUUUGACAAUAAGUAUGGCAGAAAUGCGCUGGAAAUAGUGAUGAAGUCUAUUGUGAAUUUGGAUACACCACUGGUGUCUGCUCCCCCUGACUAUCCUGGGGAUUUCUUUAAGGAUGUUCGAAAUGGACUAAUUGGAAUUGGGUUAAUAAAUGUAGAAGAUCGCUCAGGAAUUCUUACAUUAGAUAAAGAUUAUAAUAAUAUUGGAAAAUUUCUGAAUCGAAUUCUGGGUAUGGAAGUACACCAGCAGAAUGCCUUGUUUCAGUAUUUUUCUGACACUUUGAAUGCUGUUAUUCAGAAUGCAAAAAAGAAUGGAAAAUAUGACAUGGGUAUUUUAGAUCUGGGAUCUGGCGAUGAAAAAGUAAAAAAAAAUGACGUGAAAAAAUUCUUGACUCCAGGAUAUUCUACCUCGGGACAUGUAGAAUUGUAUACUGUAAGCGUAGAAAGAGGUACGUCUUGGGAGGAUGCAGUAAAAAUUUGGGCUGAUCUAAGUGGACCAGAUGAUGGUUUUUAUUUGUCACUACAGAUAAGAAAUAACAAAAAAACUGCUAUCCUUGUUAAAGAAGUCAACAGCAAAAAACGGCUUUUCUUGGUAUACAGACCAAACACUGGGAAGCAACUCAAGUUGGAGACGUACAUCGAACUAAGAAAGAAGUACAAAAAGGUGUUAUCUGAUGAUGCUAUGCCUCAUUGGGUGGAUCAAUACAAGUCAUCGGCUGAAACGUGCACUCAUGCAUAUUGGAGAGGCAACUGCAAAAAAGCAGGUGUGGGAUUACCCUGUGAAAUUGGACUGCGUUGUCGCAUGUAUCAUGUUCUUUGUGGCUCCGUGCUAAGUGUGUGGACCAAAGUUGAAGGUGUUCUAGCGUCUGUUAGUGGAACAAAUGUAAAAAUGCAAAUUGUUCGUUUAAGAACUGAAGAUGGACAAAGAAUUGUAGGUCUCAUCAUUCCUGCAAGCUGUGCAUCACCACUGGUAAACCUUCUUUCGUCUUCAGACCAGUCUCAGCAGAUAGCAGUGCAACAGCAACAAAUGUGGCAACAACUUCAUCCACAGAGUAUUAGUCAUUUCAUCAAUGCUACAGAGUGAGGAAAAGCAGAGAAUUUUGCUGUGGAUUACUUGACAGUGCCAGAUAUAGUCAUGACUUGCAUAAUUUCAGGGACAGAUUCCAAAGAUAUUCCAUAAUGUGCAUUUCAAAAGGAGUGCUCACUUUGAUAUUGCCAUUUAAGAAAUAGAAAACUGUGGGGAACCAUCCAUUGCUUAAAGUGAAGUUUUGUUUUGAGCUUUGUGUAGCACUUCCUUUGUGCCUACUGAUUGGCCUUUCUUGUCCCAUGAGCUGCGACUGCAAGUAAUAACAUCAUGUUCUGAAGUGUUUGAAUACUCUUGGCAGUGCUCUACUCUUUGUUCAGUGAUGCUCAGGGUCUUAUUGACUGCAGCAUUUGUAAUACUGCAGUGGAGAUAUUGAAUGCAUGUAUCAUGCACAUGUUAUUUUUUCAUCUGGAAAACUACUUGCAGUUUGAAAGCAUGGUUUCUGCAAGGUCAUACUUCAAGCAUUCAUAUUUUUUCUCACUUUAUUUAAACACUUAACAUCUGAAAACCAUGCAUGGGCAGGACACAGUGUUCGGUAGUGGAAACUGGAAAGAAGAUGAUGAAAAUGUGUUUUCUGCAUUUUUGUAAGAUUUAUACACAGGAGUCAGUUUGAUUCAACUUGAAGUUGCAGUACAUACUGUUAAGUUUCUGAUUCUUAAGUAUGUAGGUCUCAUCAGAAUUGUGUUCCUGAUCUGCUGCAGCUGUGACCAGAAAGCCAAGCUGCCAUUCCCAAAAUGGUGACCAUAAUUGUGUGGCUGUCAGAGCCGAAGAAUGCAUCUUGAGAUCAGUAUGCCAUGUAAACCUGUCAUGUUUGGUUGUGUAGGACAUCACUUCCGAGUUUGCUGCAGUCACUUUAAGGUGAAACAGUACAAAAUGUCAGAGAUGAGGGCAAAAACAUGAGACUUAUCGAAUGCUUUUUUAGUGUCUGCAUUAAUGCUGAUUACUGUUAAAGCUGUAAGAUCAUAGAGAAGUUUAUCUUGAGAUGUUUAAAGUUGUAAUGUACAAAUGUGUAUAGUCAGUAUAAUACUUUUUGUUUUGCGUAUUGAUGUUUAUAAAACAGUGCAGGACUGUGUUAAUGCUUGCACAGGUUGUACUACUGAGGCUGUGUAUAUUAAAAUUAAACCUGGCAAGAGGAAAAGUGCAAAAAGCACUCGAGGUAAUCUUGUACAUGAAAAAUAAAGUUAUUAUGGUAA